UCAGACACCGUCAUGAGUAGAAAGAAAGAGUUUGCUUUCGUGGACAGCAGUAAUGAAGAACUUCAUAGAAGAAAAAUGACAGAUAUAAGGCAAUGUCUUAAGGUACGAGAACAGGAUUUUACAGAACUGAAUCAGAGAAACAGUGAUUUGUGUCGUAUGUCAAAAGCUAUGAGCGCGAAAGAUUUGCAUGAUGACGUGAAGGAUGAAGACACCGAUUUUUUUUGUUUCUCUUCUACAGAAACCAGAACUGAUUUUAAACUUGGGCUGUGCAGUGGCAAGUCAGAAAGGCUAACAAGGCCCUUCCAUCUCAGUACUGCAGAGAAAAAUGUUCAGCACCCAGUUUCUUCAAAUGUUGGGCUGAGGGAUAAACCAGCUCUAGCUUCAUCAGCAGACAUGGACAGCAAAACUGUGGAAGAUAUCGAUGAAGCUUUGUGCAUAGCUAUUUAUAAUCUCAGCCACUUAUAUGAUGCAGAUGAGAUGCUGAAAUACUUGGAAUUGAAAGUGAAGCAGGAAGGAGACAAAAUUGCAGAAACUGCUGUUAGAACGUUUGAUGAACUUACUACUUCUCUUCUGUCAAGGAAAAGGAACUUGUGUGCAGAAUUGGUAAAGAGCAUCAGCAACUACAGUGCUGCUAUUGCAAAAGCUAAGGAAGUCAUUGGAGAGAAGAGAAAGUGCUUGAUUGGUAUCAUUAGGAUUGCAAAUGAAUUAAAAAUUACACCUUCUGUAAGAACCUAUUGUGAUCUCACUCAGGUUAUUUAUGAUUUAAAGUCACCCGUUGAGGCUGAAGUCUCACAAGUGAAUAGUUUGAAGGAAAGAGUACCUCCAAGAUUCUUCCUGAACACUGAUGAAAUUACACCUCUGUUAAAUAAUUUGGGCAAGAUUGAAUGGGGAACAGCAGGGCAUGAAGAUACUGGAGAACACAGUCUUGUUCUUGAUGUCAAAGAAAAAAUGCCGGGCUAUGGUACUCGAUCAUCUGCAGAGAAUAUGUUUCCAGGGCUUAGCAAAGAAAGUAAAAUAAAGUCCCUUGCAAAUAAACUCCGCAUUCACAAAGAAUUGAAAAAUACUCAGAUACAAGAAACACUUCCUAUGAUAUGUCAUCACAGUAUUCCUGCUCUGCCCAAGGCUCCACCCAGCCCUGAUGUCAUAAUAGAAGAAAUAUUUGAAGAUGACCUGGAAAAAACAGAAUUUCCCACAGAAUAUCAUGGUGAUGAACAGAGGAAAAAACUCUUUAAGAAGGCAACACCUUUUCAACACAAAGCUGGUUCGACAGAACUAGUGUUUGUGAGCCAUGUUAUAAAUCCAUGCCACUUCUAUAUUCGGAGAUACUCGCAGAAGAAAGAAGCAGGGCUUUUGGAGAAGAAAUUGGAAAAGUUUUGUUGUAAUAACAGUAUGAAUCUCUUGCCUUCAGAUGUUUUGGAACUAGGUGCUAUAACUUUGAUUAAGAGUAAGGAAACUGGAAUGUGGUGCCGUGGAACUAUCACUGAAUUAAUUCCCCUAAAAAGUAAAAAUGAGAGGAAAAAGCCUUGCGGUCCAGUAAGAUACAGAGUUUGUGAUAUUGCACUGCUGGAAGUAUUCCUGAUUGAUUUUGGGAGCUCUGUCGUUCUAACUUUCUCAGGGUAUGUUUUUGCUGAAAGGCCUGAACCUGCUACUUUACAAACUAUUGAAACAGAUGACUUUUGUUUGUUGGUAAGGAAGCCCGAUGAGUGUAUUGAGGCAGAACUUGCAGCUGUUCCUCCUUUAGCUGUGUGCUGUUCAUUGAAGGAUGUUGUUCCCAAAAAUGCAAGUGAAGGUUGGGGAGAGGAAGCAAAGACAGAAUUUUUAGGAAUGGUAAAUAAUAAAGUUGUUUUAAUGACCGUAUUUAGAGAAGAGGAUGGUGUUCUCAUUGUGGAUUUGAAGAAACCUCCAUUUAAUAAAGUAAGAAGUAACAUGCCAGUGUCUCUCAAGGAUGCAUUAGUUUUCUUAGACUUGGCAAGGUUUAGAUCACAGCCUCUCAGUCCAUUGGAAGACAGUAUCGUCUUGCGGUAUAGUCCACCUAAGAUUCCACAAGAAAGAGAAGUCGUCUCUGUUGUCGUUUGUCACAUUAAUAGUCCAAGUGACUUCUAUCUCCAGUUGGUAAGUUGAGAAAUAAGGUCAGUUUAUCUAAAAAAAAUCCAGGAUGCGUAUAAACAUGAGUAUGGGAAGAACUUGGAAAUUUUCAGCCCAGUUGAAGGCCAAGCCUGUAUGGCAAAAGAGAAAGAUGGGAAUUGGUACAGAGCACGGAUUAUAGGGCUUCCAAGUUGUCAAGCAGUUACUGUAAAAUAUAUUGACUUUGGCAACGUUGCUAACUUAAAUCUUAAAGACAUAUGCAGAGUGAAAAAGGAGUUUCUGAGCUUUCCAGAAAAGGUAAUCAGGUGCAAGUUGGCUUGCAUUGAGCCUUAUAAAGGGGCAGAUGAGUGGAACAGAGAAGCCAAGGAAAGAUUUGAAGAAAUGACUGAAAAUAAACUUCUGCUGUGUUCAGUUGUUGAAGUUUUAGAUAAUAGUAUCUUAUCUGUUGAACUCUUUGACUCCUCUGCUCUUCGUGGAAGAAGCUUAAGUAUUAACUGCCAGCUAAUUAAAGAAGACUUAGCAUCCUUCAUGUCUGGGUACAGUGAAAGUACUGCUGUAAGGCCCAGUGAAAUAUGGGAGGUUCCUCUAGAAGAAAUUGCUGAAACCUCAGAAGCUUUAAAUCCUGUAGACAUGGAACUUGUGGACAAAGGAGAUUUCAGAUCACUUUCUAAGAAAGAGCUACAGGUGAAAAUCAGUCAUGUUGUGUCUCCUAGUAAAAUUUUUAUGCAGUGGCUGUCGUCAGAAAGCAUACUGAAAAGCUUGCAGGAGAAGAUGGCUGCCAUCUACAAAGAAUCCCAGCCACAGCCCGUGAAGUGGGAAAGCGGUAUGCGCUGUGCUGCUUAUGUACGUGAUUUGAAACAGUGGCAGAGAUGUCAGAUAAACAGGAUUGUCCCUGAAACGAGUGCAGAGGUAAUACUUUAUGAUUCUGGAGCUGAAAGAACAGUGGAUAUCAGCUGUCUAAGGAAACUUGAGGAGAAUAUGAAGAUAGUUAGGACGUUAGCAGUAGAGUGUUCCUUGGUGGAUAUAAGACCAACAGGGGGAAGCACGCAGUGGACAGCAACAGUGUGUGAAUAUUUAUCCUAUUACCUGACCGGGAUGCAAGUGAAAAUAAUCAUACAGGAAGCUGAUGAGGCUUGUGCAUUGCCUGUGAAAAUUCUUUGCAAAGAUGAAAGAGGAAAAUUGAUUGACAUGUCAGAACAUCUGAUAAAAAAGGGUUUGGCUCUUAGAAACAGAAG